UAGGCGCCGGUUGAUGGUGUCGAAUGAAAAAAAACGGCGAGCCGGCUGAAAGAGAACGACUUGCACGGGGAGAAGUUUACUCGGUUGUUCUGAACUUCGCCUAAAUCCGAGUAAAGUGUUUCAGACUUCUUCACCAUCAGGGUCCCUGCCUUCCCGGUGCUGUCUCCGUGUGAGGGUGUUUGCGUGUGUGUGUGUGGAGGAGAAACGUUUCAGCUUGCUCUGUGCGCUUCACUAUGGGUGACAUCAGUGAUCUGGACCGGCAGAUCGACCAGCUGAGGAGAUGUGAGCUCAUCAAGGAGAACGAGGUCAAGGCCCUGUGUGCCAAAGCCAGAGAAAUUCUUGUAGAAGAGAGUAAUGUACAGAGGGUGGAUUCUCCAGUUACAGUGUGCGGUGAUAUCCACGGACAGUUUUAUGACCUGAAGGAGUUAUUCAGGGUGGGAGGUGAUGUUCCAGAGACAAACUAUCUUUUCAUGGGAGAUUUUGUGGACCGAGGCUUUUACAGUGUUGAGACGUUUCUGCUGCUUCUGGCUCUAAAGGUGCGAUACCCCGACAGAAUCACACUGAUCCGAGGCAAUCACGAGUCCAGACAGAUCACGCAGGUGUACGGCUUUUACGACGAAUGCUUAAGAAAGUAUGGCUCUGUCACGGUGUGGAGGUACUGCACUGAGAUCUUUGACUACCUCUCUCUUUCGGCCAUCAUCGACGGCAAGAUUUUCUGCGUGCAUGGCGGCCUCUCGCCCUCUAUCCAGACUUUGGACCAGAUCCGGACCAUCGACAGGAAACAGGAGGUGCCGCAUGACGGGCCCAUGUGCGACCUGUUGUGGUCAGACCCUGAAGAUACCACAGGCUGGGGAGUGAGCCCAAGAGGAGCCGGAUAUCUGUUCGGUAGCGAUGUAGUGGCCCAGUUCAAUGCCGCCAAUGACAUAGAUAUGAUCUGUCGAGCCCACCAGCUCGUCAUGGAGGGCUACAAGUGGCACUUCAAUGAGACUGUGCUUACUGUGUGGUCUGCACCCAAUUACUGCUAUAGGUGUGGAAACGUAGCCGCCAUCCUGGAGCUGGACGAGCACCUGCAGAAAGAGUUUAUUAUAUUUGAAGCUGCCCCGCAGGAAACCAGAGGCAUUCCCUCGAAAAAGCCAGUGGCCGAUUAUUUCCUGUGAGCUGUGAGGAAAGAAAACGCCACCCUCUGAAGAAAGCGUCGUCAUAUAUUCACCUGUAUUUUUCUCUCUCUCCCACCUUUCCCUGCCCAGGUGUCUUAAUUGUGCUUUUUUUUUUUCUUUUUUUUUUUUUUAAAAGACUUUUCUACUUUUUUGUCUUUUCUGCUUAUUUUCUCUUUUUAGCCUCUCUCACACACACACACACAC